UUGGAUUUGCUCUGUAUAUAUCUUGGCACUUUUCUAUAACGUAGGCGGGAAAAGUGAAAGAGAUUUACAUUAAUUUUAGUGUAAUAAUAAAUAUAAGAAAUGUCAUUUGGCGGAGGUUUUGGUACUUCGACGCCGGCUUCAGCUCCUUCAUUUAGUUUUGGACAAACAGCAAGUUCCACUCCAGCUGCAAAACCAGCUGGCUUUGGAACACCGUCUUUUGGAUUCGGCACAAGUACUCCGGCGACAAGUACUCCCUCAUUAUUUGGAACUCCAGCUCCUCAAAGUGCCGGUUUUGGAACUGCAGCUGGUUUCGGUACUCCCACAGCAACUGGUUUCGGAGCAACCACAACGAACACUAAUACAUUUAGCACUCCUUCAACAAGUUUUGGAUUUGGAACACCAGGUGCAUUUGGAUCCACGCCAGCCACCUCAACAGGUUUUGCUGCUCUUUCUACUCCUGCUCCAACAAGUACUAUUGGUGGUUUUGGAGGUUUUGGUGGUUUCGGAACAACAGCUACAACUACAGCACCAAGUUUAUUUGGAGGCUUUGGGACCACAAAUACAUCGACAACAGGUUUUGGAACUUCCACUGGAUUCGGUGGAUUUGGAGCCAAACCCGCGACAACCACUGCUACUGGAUUUGGUGGAUUUAGUACUGGCACAGGAUUUGGGGGUUUUGGUGGAGGAUUAACUCAACCACAACAGCAAACACAGCAACAGCAACAACAAACAACCGCAAACACUAUUUCAGAAGCGCUUUAUAAUGCAGUCUUUAAUUGUCAAUUAUUUAAUGAUGAGCGCGAUAGUACAAUCGCAAGGUGGAAUCUGAUACAAGCAUUGUGGGGUACGGGAAAAGCGUAUUAUUCUGUAAACGCAGCACCUAUAGAACUAAAUCAAGAAAAUCCGUUAUGUAGAUUCAAAGCUAUUGGCUACAGUCGAAUGCCAGAUGCAGACAAUAACGAAGGUCUCGUUGUUCUCUGCUUCAAUAAAAAGGAACAAGAAAUAAAAGAUGGAAAGCAGCAUUUGAUAGCCUCUUUAAAUACAAUAUUAGGCAAUAAACCAAAUCUCACUGUGACCGUUGAUUCAAUAAAAUCAACCGGUGAGACUAAAUGUCAAUCCACAGUUUUCGUCUCAGAAAAGGGAGUAACUGGUACAUCGAGGAAAAUUCCCGCUAAUGAAUUAUUUGCUUAUUUCACUCAAACAAUGCAAAAACAACAACUUGUUCAAAUGGGCGUAGAUAAUAUUUAUCCCUUUGUUAAACUUGAACCAACACAGCUAAAAGAAUAUCUCGAAAAUCCACCGUGCUCAAUUGAUCCGCGUUUGUGGAAACAAGCACAGUUGGAUAAUCCUAAUCCAGAUUUAUAUAUACCUGUUCCAAUGAUUGGAUUCCAUCAAGUAAAACAUAGGUUAAAAUGUCAAGAAGAAGAAACUGCGAGGCAUAGAGCUUUUCUUGAUAUGGCAGCAGAAAGAAUACAAGAAUUGCAGAGACAACAUACAGCAACGCAAGCAAAAUUGAAAGACCAUCGUCGAACACUUUUGGAACUUCAGCAUAGAGUACUGCAGGUAUUAGUCCGACAAGAAAUUACUAGAAAAGUUGGUCUCUCCUUACAACCAGAAGAAGAGAUUUUGACCAAUAGGUUUGAAUCAAUGCACUCACAGAUUAGUGCACCAACACAAUUUAAAGGUAGAAUCAGUGAAAUGUUAUCGCAAUUAAGAAUGAGGAGACAUGUUGAUAUUCAAACACAGGAAAGAUACGCAAUGGAUCCAAUUGCUCAAGAUGAUAUUAAAACUUAUCUCAGUAUGGAACAACAAGGCAUGGAACAGUUAAUAGCAACGAUAAAUGCAGAUGUUCAGUGUUUAAAAAUUAUUAAAGACGGUAUGUCUGAACUAGUUGGAAAUCAUGGUACUUCCUGAAAUAAAAUUAACAAUUGACGUUAUUUAAGGUAAAAUCUUUUGUUACAUCGUAUUCGCACAUAAUGACGAAAUGUUUCACUUUGUGAAAUUUACCAACUCAAAGGUGUGUGAAUUUUCUCGAUUGUUAUUACUAAUUUCCCCAGGUAGUUAAUUAAUAAUUAAAUUUUUUAAUUACGAGAAAUUCAUUUUCAUACAAAAUGUGAUAUGAUUUAGUUUGAAAAAGUAGAUAGGCAAGUGAAAUAAAAUCAUUUUCUAUUUCUUCGACGUUAAAAUAACGAUAAUAAACUAUCGCUAUCACCGAAUUAAGUUAAUUGAGGAGUUAAGGAAUUAAGGUAUUUUUGUAACGCCAUAAAGAUUAAUAAAACUCCUUUCGUAUAAA